AUGCAAUUGCCGGUGGCCUUUCUCUUAUUAUGCCUGCUGGGCAUUGUCCAAGCUCUCAGCACUGCGGGCAAUCGAUUGCUUGUGGUGAUUGAGGAGUUGGCUGACAAGGACAAGUAUUCGACUUUCUGGUCAGACCUUGAAUCUCGGGGAUAUAACCUUGAUUUUGAAUCUCCCAAGAGCGAGAAGCUCACGCUUUUCCAGCAUGGCGAACGGGUGUACGACCACGUUCUCCUCCUCCCUCCCAAAUCGAAAGGCCUUGGCCCCUCCUUGACGCCCAAGAUUCUUAUGGAUUUCAUCAAUGGAGAUGGUAAUAUCCUCCUGGCGCUAGCUUCGGAUGCGCCCACGCCGACUGCCAUUGUUUCUCUGCUACUCGAAUUUGAUAUCCACCUCCCUUCAGACCGGAAUGCGCUUGUUGUCGACCACUUCAACCAUGAUACCAUUUCUGCCUCCGACAAGCAUGACGUAGUCCUUGUUCCGGCACCCAAAGCUCUACGACCAGGAGCGAAGAACUUCUUUGCCGGCCAAAGCCCCGACACUACCCUUGCUUUCCCUCGUGGUAUGGGACAAGUUCUCGGCAACGAAAGCCCAUUGCUUCAUCCCAUUCUGCGUGCUCCGAGCUCCGCCUACAGCUAUAACCCUAAGGACCAGUCCGAGACGGUUGAGGAUCCGUUUGCCGUCGGCCAACAGCUUGCGCUCGUUUCUGCUCUUCAGGCCCGCAACUCUGCCCGCUUCACCGUUCUCGGCUCCUUGGAAAUGCUCGAGAACAAAUGGUUCGAUGCGAAAGUCAAGGCUCCUGGAGCCAGCGGUGAGAAGACCACGACUGGGAACCGUGACUUUGCCAAGGCACUGUCAGCCUGGACUUUCCAAGAGAUUGGCGUCCUCAAGGUUGGCAACGUGGAGCAUCAUCUCAACGAGGGUGCAGACCAGGGUCUCGUGGAGCUCAAUCCUAAGAUUUACAGAAUCAAGAGCGACGUGACCUUCUCUAUUGAACUUUCCGAGUACAACUACGACCACUGGGCUCCGUUCACGCCCCCCGCGAAGGACGCCGUGCAGCUCGAAUUCUCCAUGCUCUCACCCUUCCAUCGUCUUGCCCUUACCCCUUCUUCAUCUGGUACAUCCAGCAACAGCACGCUCUACACCACGAGCUUCACGGUCCCCGACCAACAUGGUAUCUUCAAGUUUGAAGUCAACUACAAGCGCCCCUUCUUCACAUACAUUGACGAGACCCGCGAAGUCACCGUCCGGCACUACGCUCACGACGAGUGGCCUCGCAGCUUUGCCAUUUCAGGCGCUUGGACUUGGAUCGCGGGCAUCUGGGUCACGGUUGCUGGAUGGCUUGCUUUUGUCGCGCUCUGGCUCUGGAGCGCGCCGGUUCGUUCUUCUGGGCCCGCAGAUAAAGCGAAGAAGACUCAGUGA